AUGUUAUCUCGGGGCUUCGCUGUUGUGAGCGCGCGCUGCGAUCGUGUGGGAGGAUGGGAGUGGGCGAUAAGAACCACGCCCACUUCUCGGAGACCCCCAGAGGCCCCACGUUGUUGGGCGGUCAAUAACAUCGUGUUGUGGUUUGACCACUGCUGUAAAAAGGAGGCAUUCAUCAGCAGAGUGAAGGCGAAUGCUUCCAUCGUGCCCAAGCAGCAGAUACGUUGGAUUCAUUCACGACCUCGCCUGAGAAGCCAAUCGUUCGCCCCCGCACCUGAGGAACGACAGACAUCCAGGGACGUUGUGCGACUUCCUACAACUACUGUUAUGAGCAUUCAGUCUUGGCAGUUGGCCUCCUGA